AUGUACGAUAACACUGCUAUCAAUAAUAAAGUAUUAGUUACCUGUUUACGUAAUUUGAAAAAAGUUACAAAGGGUCUCGGAGGAAAAGGAAAAUUAAUCGGAAAAUUAAUCGACGAAUUAUCGAUUUAUUACGGUCUGGUAAUACGUCGAAAUCACGAUUCAGUCGAAAAAAAUGCAGAACGACAUUCAAUAGUGUGGGCGAUGGCUUCUAAAACAACUUCAAGUGGCAAGACAAUUCUCGAUAUCGUGACACAUAUUGCUGUUUGCGUGUACAAUGAUGGAAUGACACCGAUAAUGAAAAUUAUGCAAACUUUGGGAAUCAAAAUCGGAACAAAUUGCUAUAAUUUUUGCACCGAAUCCGACGAAUGCCAAUUAAUUAUUUGUCUUUUUUUAUAACAAUUCUUGUUAUUUCAUUUUCUUGAAAUAUUUCGUAACC